CAAACAGGGCUAUGAGGACUGGCUCAGGCACAAAGCAGACAAUGCUAUUAACCAGUGUCCUGUACACGAGGUGCAGCAUGGGAAGGUGAUCAGGAAACAGAGUCGUAAACUGAGGGUACGUAUCAUCCUACAACUGAAAAUGACCAGGGAUCAAACCUGGGGUCUUUAGAUCAGGGGUUCCCAAACAUUUUUUCUUUGUGACCCACCAAUUAAGGUGUGUUUUGAGUGGCGUCCCACCAUAAGGGCUGAGCAGUGAAAAAACAUACACAAUAAUAAGUACAAAAUAUCAUCUUGGCAGCGGAGAGAAAAUGUUUCAGUUUAAAGCUCAUUUCCUGCAAUUCUACACAUUUUGUCAUGGAGCUGAGAGAAAAUUGUGCCAUUUUGUCACAAUCGUUGAGAGACGGGUCAGACCAAGGUGCAGCGUGGUAUGCGAACAUGUUUAUUAAACUCAAUAAACAUAAACAAAACAAGAAACAACGUAACGUGAAGUCCUCAGGCUGUACACAUACAAGCCUAAACACAGAACAUAAACAAGAUCCCACAACUAAGGUAGGCAAACAGGCUACUUAAGUAUGAUCCCCAAUCAGAGACAACAAGCGACAGCUGCCUCUGAUUGGGAAUCACACCCGGCCAAACCUAGAAAAACAUAUCUAGAAUCUAAACAUAGAUCCUCACGCCCUGACCAAACCAACUAAAGACAACCGGCCUCUCAAGGCCAGGGCGUGACAAUACCCCCCCCCCACAAAGGUGCGUCUGGGCCUGGAUCGGUAAUCCUCCCGCGAUGCACCAAGCCCUGUCUGGACCCUGGUGUGGGAGACCCCGAACCUGGAGAGGGGCUGACGUCUGGGCCUGGAUCGGCAAUCCCCCCACGAUGCACCAAGCCCUGUCUGGACCCUGGUGUGGGAGACCCCGACCCUGGAGAGGGGCUGACUUCUGGGUCUUGACUGGAGCUGCUGACCGGAGCUGGACUGGGCACCGGUGAAGCGUACUGCUCUGGCUCCGGAGUGGAACCGCUGACCGGAGCUGGACUGGACCCCGGUGGAGCGGAAUGCUCUGACUCCGGAAUGGAGCCGCUGACUGGUGCUGGACUGGGCACUGGUGGAGCGGACUGCUCUGGCUCCGGAGUGGAGCAGCUGACCGUUGCUGAACUGGACCCCGGUGGAGCGGACUGCUCUGGCUCCGGAUUGGAACCGCUGACCGGAGCUGGACUGGGCACCGGUGGAGCGGACUGCUCUGGCUCCGGAGUGGAGCAGCUGACCGGUGCUGGACCAGGCACCGGUGGAACGGGCAUGGGCCGUGCCGGACUGGGAACACACACUACUGGUCUGGUGCGAGGAGCAGGCACAGGCCGUACCGGACUGGGAACACGCAUCACUGGCUUGGUGCGAGGUGCAGGCACAGGCCGGGCCGGACUGGAGACACGCACCACUGGCCUGGUGCGGGGAGCAGGUACGGGGUGUACCGGGCUGGCGACACGCACCACUGGUUUGGUGCGAGGAGCUGGCACGGGCCGUACCGGACUGGGAACACGCACCACUGGCUUGGUGCGAGGAGCAGGUACGGUGCUUACCGGGCUGGUGAGGCGCACUGGUGAACCGGAGCAGGAUAUACUGGACCUUGGAGGCGUACUGGAGGUCUGGAGUGUACAGCUGGCACAACCCGUCCUGACUGGAUGCCCACUCUCGCACGACACGUGUGGGGCGCUGGCACAGGACGCACUGGGCUGUGCAUGCGCACUGGCGACACAGUGCGUAUCUCCGCAUAUUUAGGUUCCUCUAUGAACACACGCUCCUUCUGUUGCCUGACCAGCUCCACUCUCCUUGCCUCCACUACUUCCUUCUCCUUUUGAGCAUCCUGUAGCGCCUCCCUCUGAACGGAUAACUCCUGCUCCCUCUGAGCUAACAGCUCCCGUAACGUGGUGGCCUCCUCUCUCAGACUCUCGAUCCGCAGGUCUUGAAGGACCUCUAGAAUAGCGGCCUCCUCCUCUCUAGUCAGCUCUUUCCCGGCCUCCUGCUGCCUUGUCGUCCACCCCGUGAGCCCCCCAAUUUUUUUCUCUUGGGGCUGCUUCUCGGGCUUCCUCUUCGGCCGGCACCGUUGAUGUCGCCGUUGAUCCUCUCCUGCCUGGGCUUCCUCCUUCGCCCAGGGUCCUUUACCUGCCAAUAUCUCCUCCCAAGUCCAAAAUGACUUCCCCACCUGUGUCCAGGGUGUCUGCUGCUCCUGGGCACGCUGCUUGUUCCAUUUUUGGUGGGAUCUUCUGUCACGAUCGUUGAGAGACGGGUCAGACCAAGGUGCAGCGUGGUAUGCGAACAUGUUUAUUAAACUCAAUAAACAUAAACAAAACAAGAAACAACGUAACGUGACGUCCUCAGGCUGUACACAUACAAGCCUAAACACAGAACAUAAACAAGAUCCCACAACUAAUGUAGGCAAACAGGCUACUUAAGUAUGAUCCCCAAUCAGAGACAGCCGGAACCGGCCAAACCUAGAAAAACAUAUCUAGAAUCUAAACAUAGAAAUAAUAAAAUAGAUCCUCACGCCCUGACCAAACCAACUAAAGACAACCGGCCUCUCGAGGCCAGGGCGUGACACAUUUGUUAAGCAAAUUUCCUGCAAUUCAAAAAAAUGUGAGAUGGCUAAUGCUGUGUUCUUAUGCUCAAAACAUUGAUUGUUAGUUCUCAAAGAUUCUAGACUAUUAUUACAAAAUAUAUAGGUCCAUUAUCUUUUCUACACACUUUCUAUUUGGUUUUAGUUGUUUAUGUCUUUUUACAUCCUGAAAGUGUAUUUAAAUGUAUUUAAUUGUUUUAAAGUAAAAAAUGUGGCAAUGCACAACAAAUGGCAUCCCACAACCAACCUGGACCCCUACAGUGACCCACAAGUGGGUCUGAUCCACAGUUUGGGAACCACUGCUUUAGACAACUCAAGACUGUGUUAUCCUAUUGAACUAAAUACAUCUCUCUCACUCUCUACCUUCCAACCCACCCCUUCCUUCCUUCCUUCCUUCCUUCCUUCCUUCCUUCCUUCCUUCCUUCCUUCCUUCCUUCCUUCCUUCCUUCCUUCCUUCCUUCCUUCCUUCCUUCCUUCCUUCCUUCCUUCCUUCCUUCCUUCCUUCCUUCCCUCCCUCUCUCCUCUCCCAGGUGGGUGAUGUGGUGCUAAUGAAGGAAGAUGAGACGUUCCCCUGUGACCUCAUCCUUCUCUCCACCAGUAGGGAGGACGGGACCUGUUUUGUCACUACAGCCAGUCUGGACGGGGAAUCCAGUCACAAGGUAACACUACACUCUGACUGAGAGAGGAGGAGGGAGAUGGGAGGGGGAGAGGGAGAGAGGUGGGUGAGGCAGAGAUAAAGAAAGAAUGGGAGAGAGUUGAGGGAAAACGAAAGUGAAAGAGAGAGAGAGUGGGAGACAGGGGAAAGAGUGAGUGAGAGAGGGGGGUGAGUGUGUUUAUGUGAGGGAUAGAGAGAGAUGGAGCGAAAUGGAGAGAGAGAGUUAGUAUUCUGUUUCAUUAGAGGGGUAGUGUGAGAUGCAUCGUGGCUCGAUGUGUUCCUGACCUCUCUGUGUCUCUCUCCAUCCCUCCACAAAGACCUACUAUGCUGUACAGGACACUAAGGCCUUCAACACAGAGGAGGAUUUCGAUACUCUACAGGCUUCUAUUGAAUGUGAACAACCACAACCAGACCUCUACAAGUGAGUGACAACCCUGCACACAACACCCCAUCCAGACAAUCAGUACUGGUUGUAAAUGUAUGUGUAUAGAGAAAAACAACGCAAAACACACUAACUCACACAUGCAUUCCCUCUCUCCCUGGACAGAUUCGUGGGCCGAAUCAAUAUUUAUUCGGACAGAAACGAGCCCAUCGCGAGGUAAAUCCAGACCCAGGAAAUUCACUCCAAAUUCAGGAGGUCAAUGCUCGUUUGCAUUCAGAAAAAAGACAAUGUGUAUUCUAACAAAGAAGUGUAUUCUGUGUUUGUUUCAGGCCUUUGGGAUCUGAGAACCUACUUCUCAGAGGGGCGACACUGAAAAACACAGAGCACAUAUAUGGUAAGACUCUACACUGGGUGACCUUGUAAUGACAUCACUAAUAUAAACUAAAGACACUACACUGGGUGACCUUGUAAUGACAUCACUAAUAGAAUCUAAAGACACUACACUGGGUGACCUUGUAAUGACAUCACUAAUAAAAUCUAAAGACAACUAACACUGGGUGACCUUGUAAUGACAUCACUAAUAUAAUCUAAAGACACUACACUGGUUGACCUUGUAAUGACAUCACUAAUAAAAUCUAAAGACACUACACUGGGUGACCUUGGCCAUAAAUAGAUCUAAAGACACUACACUGGGUGACCUUGUAAUGACAUCACUAAUAGAAUCUAAAGACACUACACUGGGUGACCUUGUAAUGACAUCACUAAUAUAAUCUAAAGACACUACACUGGGUGACCUUGUAAUGACAUCACUAAUAUAAUCUAAAGACACUACACUGGGUGACCUUGUAAUGACAUCACUAAUAUAAUCUAAAGACACUACACUGGGUGACCUUGUAAUGACAUCGCUAAUAUAAUCUAAAGACACUACACUGGGUGACCUUGUAAUGACAUCACUAGUAGAAUCUAAAAUAGAUUCCUAGUUUUCAUUAAUAGAAUGAGUGUGGAAUGUUUAAAGAUUCCACUCCAAAUGGUUAAGUUCCUGUGGGUUGUAUAAUGAAGCCUGUACAGACCUGUAUGAGUGAGAAUAUUACAACCUGUCAAGCAGGAAUGCAGUCAGUACACUGCAUGAGAUGACAUGACUGCAAGCCAAGUCUUAUUAUGAAAUCAGAUGACUGGGAUGGGAAUUGAUUUCACAGAUAAUUGUAGGACACUAUAAUAGUAUUCAGUACUGACAGAGACUUGACUUGUCAGAUCUGACUGAUAUUAUUGCCACCAGGGCUGCAUCUCAAUAGUGUCACACCCUGGCUCUGGGACUCUAUAUGUUGAGCCAGGGUGUGUUCAUUCUGUUGUGUUUAUUUCUAUGUUGGCUAGAGUGACUCCCAAUCAGAGGCAACGAGUGUCAGCUGUCGUUGGUUGUCUCUGAUUGGGAGCCAUAUUUAAACUGUCUGUUUUCCCUUUGUGUUUGUGGGUUUUUGUUCCGUGUUGGUCAUUGUUACCGUGGACUUCACGAGUCGUUUCUUGUUUUGUUUAUUGUGGUCUAUUAUCACUAAAGAUAAUAAAGUUAAAACAUGUUCGUUCAUCACGCUGCGCCUUGGUCUAUUCCUUACGACGAUCGUGACAGAAAAACCCACCAAGUAAGGACCAAGCAGCGUGUCCCGGGGCAGAACUUGGACUGGACAUGGGAGGAAGCGCCGGGAGAGGCCCUGGCGAAAGAGGAGCAGCGGCGUCAGCAGUGUCAACGUCGGACAGGCGAGAGGCAACCCCAGAAUUUUUUUAGGGGGGGGCACACGGCAUGGACGACGGGGCUGACGGAGGCAGAAAAGGGGCGGAUUCAGAAGGCCACCAGGUUACGGGUACACCGCCCUGUACGUCCUGUGCGGAUGCCUCACACAGAGUGUGUGAGGGUAGGCAUUCAGCCAGGACGGGUUGUGGCCGCUCUUCACUCCAGGUCUCCUAUCCGUCUCCACAGCCCGGUUCGGCCUGUCCCUGCUCCACGCACCAAGCCUACGGGGUGCGUCGCCAGCCCAGUCCGGCCUGUCCCUGCUCCACGCACCAAGUCUACGGUGCGCGUCGCCAGCCCGGCCCGGCCUGUCCCUGCUCCACGCACCAAGUCUAAGGUGCGCGUCGCCAGCCCGGCCCGGUCUGUUCCUGCCACUCGCACCAAGUCUACGGUGCGCGUCGCCAGCCCGGCCCGGCCUGUUCCUGCCACUCGCACCAAGUCUACGGUGCGCGUCGCCAGCCCGGCCCGGCCUGUUCCUGCCACUCGCACCAAGUAUACGGUGCGCGUCGCCAGCCCGGCCCGGCCUGUUCCUGCCACUCGCACCAAGUCUACGGUGCGCGUCGCCAGCCCGGCCCGGCCUGUUCCUGCCACUCGCACCAAGUCUACGGUGCGCGUCGCCAGCCCGGCCCGGCCUGUUCCUGCCACUCGCACCAAGUAUACGGUGCGCGUCGCCAGCCCGGCCCGGCCUGUUCCUGCCACUCGCACCAAGUCUACGGUGCGCGUCGCCAGCCCGGCCCGGCCUGUUCCUGCCACUCGCACUAAGCCAGGGGUGCGAGACGUCAGCCUGGUAAGGCCCGUCCCUCCUCCACGCACCAGGCCAGGGGUGCGAGUCGUCAGCCUGGUAAGGCCCGUUCCUCCUCCACGCACCAAGCCAGGGGUGCGAGUCGUCAGCCUGGUAAGGCCCGUCCCUCCUCCACGCACCAAGCCAGGGGUGCGCGUCGUCAGCCUGGUAAGGCCCGUUCCUCCUCCACGCACCAAGCCAGGGGUGCGCGUCGUCAGUCCAGCACAACCCGUGCCUGGGUCACCGGUGCCUGGUAAGGUACCGGUCAACUGCUCCACUAUGGAGCUGAAGCUAACCGCUCCUGCUAAGUCCAGUUCAGCUCCAGCCAGCGGGGCCAGACUGGACCAGGGGCGCUAUGGGGGGUUUAUUGGAGGGUGGGUGGCAAGGCCGGAGCCAGAACCGCCGCCGAGGAGGUAUGCCCACCCAGCCCUCCCCUGUUUUGUUCAAGUUGAGGCGCGGUCGCAGUCCGCGCCUUUAGGGGGGGGUACUGUCACACCCUGGCUCUGGGACUCUAUAUGUUGAGCCAGGGUGUGUUCAUUCUGUUGUGUUUAUUUCUAUGUUGGCUAGAGUGAUUCCCAAUCAGAGGCAACGAGUGUCAGCUGUCGUUGGUUGUCUCUGAUUGGGAGCCAUAUUUAAACUCUCUGUUUUCCCUUUGUGUUUGUGGGUUUUUGUUCCGUGUUGGUCAUUGUUACCGUGGACUUCACGAGUCGUUUCUUGUUUUGUUUAUUGUGGUCUAUUAUCACUAAAGAUAAUAAAGUUAAAACAUGUUCGUUCAUCACGCUGCGCCUUGGUCUAUUCCUUACGACGAUCGUGACAAAUAGUCCAAAGUUGUUCCCUUUCCUAGUCUCUUUCCUUCAUCUCCACUGAUGUGAAAUAUCUCCCCAAGUUGACCCUGUUGUUUGUGUCUCCUAGCUGUUGCCAUCUAUACUGGUAUGGAGACCAAGAUGGCACUCAACUACCAGUCCAAGUCCCAGAAACGCUCUGCAGUGGAGAAGUAAGGCCCACCAACAUGGUUGUGUUUUCCACUUUAUGAUGCAUGUUUACCAUGUUUCCGGACAGGUUCACUUAACGUUGAUUACCGUCUAAUUGCAUCAUAUCCGCUUUCCCCAUAAAGACCCUUUGAGACCGUCCACCCUUCCUGAAGACAUUCAAAUGUAAUUUCCUCUGCAUCUGUCUCCCCUCCUCUCAUCCAUCUACUCUGUCACCCCUCCUCUCUGUCACCCCUCCUCUCUGUCACCCCUCCUCUCUGUCUCUCCCUCCUCUAUGUCACCCCUCCUCUCUGUCACCCCUCCUCUCUGUCACCUCUCCUCUCUGUCACCCCUCCUCUCUGUCAACUCUCUACUCUGUCUCUCCUUCCUCUCUGUCUCCCCAUCCUCUCUGUCACCCCAUCCUCUCUGUCACCCCUCCUCUCUGUCACCUCUCCUCUCUGUCACCCCUCCUCUCUGUUACCUCUCCUCUCUGUCACCCCUCCUCUCUGUCACCGCUCCUCUCUGUCACCCCUCCUCUCUGUCUCUCCCUCCUCUCUGUCACCUCUCCUCUCUGUCACCCCUCCUCUCUGUCACCUCUCCUCUCUGUCACCCCUCCUCUCUGUCACCUCUCUACUCUGUCACCCCUCCUCUCUGUCACCUCCUCCUCUCUCUCCCUCCUCUCUGUCUCCCCCUCCUCUCUGUCUCCCCCUCCUCUCUCUCCCUCCUCUGUCUCCCCCUCCUCUCUGUCUCCUCUCCUCUAUGUCUCUCCCUCUUCUGUCUCCCCAUCCUCUCUGUCUCCUCAUCCUCUCUGUCUCUUCCUCAUCUCUGUCUCCCCUCCUCUCUGUCUCUCCCUCCUCUCUGUCUCCCCUCCUCUCUGUCUCCCCCCUCCUCUCUGUCUCUUCCUCCACUCUGUCUCUCCCUCCUCUGUCUCUCCCUCCUCUCUGUCUGUCACCCCUCCUCUAUGUUACCCUCCUCUCUGUCACCCCUCCUCUCUGUCUCUCCCUCCUCUCUCUCUCCCUCCUCUCUGUCUGUCACCCCUCCUCUAUGUUACCCCCCCUCUCUGUCACCCCUCCUCUCUGUCUCUUCCUCCUCUCUGUCUCUCCCUCCUCUGUCUCCCCCUCCUCUCUGUCUCCCCCUCCUCUCUGUCUCCCCCUCCUCUCUGUCUCCCCCUCCUCUCUGUCUCCCCCUCCUCUCUGUCCCCCUCUCCUCCCUGUCUCCCCCUCCUCUCUGUCACCCCUCCAGGUCAAUGAAUGCGUAUCUGAUAGUGUACCUGUGCAUCCUGAUCAGCAAGGCUCUGAUCAACACAGUGAUGAAGUAUGUGUGGCAGGCUGACCCAGACAGAGAUGAGCCCUUCUACAACCAGAAGACUGACAUAGAGAGGCAACGCCAUAUAGUAGGUUAUAAAACUACAAUACCCACAAUUCAGCAUUCUGGGUGUAAUUUUUAUGCAAUAGCUGAUGUGUUUUUCACCUCUCACUUUCUCUCUCUCUCUCUCUCUGUCACCACUGACUCUCUCUCUCCCUCAUCUCCCCUCUCUCCCUCCUCCUACCUCCGUCCUCUCUCUCUCUCUCUCUCUCUCUCUCCAGUUGAUCCGGGCGUUCACAGACUUCCUGGCCUUCAUGGUGUUGUUUAAUUACAUCAUUCCCGUGUCCAUGUACGUUACCGUGGAGAUGCAGAAGUUCCUGGGGUCCUACUUCAUCAUGUGGGAUGAUGAGAUGUUUGACGAGGAGCUGGGAGAGAGGGCUCAGGUUAACACAUCUGACCUCAAUGAAGAACUGGGACAGGUAGGCUAUACACAUAGUACACACACACACACACACAGGCAUGGAAGCACACACACACACACACACACACACACCACACACACUCACCACUCUUACCUGAAUGUGUGUGUUUUCCAGGUGGAGUACGUGUUUACAGACAAGACAGGCACCCUGACAGAGAACAACAUGGAGUUUAUAGAGUGCUGUGUGGACGGCUAUGUUUACAUCCCUGAUGCCAUCUGCAAUGGACAGGUCAUGCCAGGGGCAACAAGCAUGGACAUGAUUGACUCCUCACCUGGACCAGGGGGCAAGGUGAGACAGAGAGCCUCACUGUCACUUGAUGUACUGUACGAGUAUGUACAGGACAAGUUACCCCUCCCUAACCACUGAUACAGGGUCAGAUAUUGUUUCAUCCCCCUUUAAGACCAGCUGGAUACUAGAGGCUUUUACCUGGAUGUCCUGGGUGAACCCUAACCCUAUCCCUAUGAAGACCAGCUGGAUACUAGCAGCCUUUACCUAGAUGUCCUGGGUGAACCCGAACCCUAUGAAGACCAGCUGGAUACUAGCAGCUUUUACCUGGAUGUCCUGGGUGAACCCUAACCCUAACCCUAUGAAGACCAGCUGGAUACUAGCAGCUUUUACCUGGAUGUCCUGGGUGAACCCUAACCCUAUCCCUAUGAAGACCAGCUGGAUACUAGGGCUUUUAUCUGGAUGUCCUGGGUGAACCUUAACCCUAACCCUAUGAAGACCAGCUGGAUACUAGCAGCUUUUACCUGGAUGUCCUGGGUGAACCCUAACCCUAACCCUAUGAAGACCAGCUGGAUACUAGCAGCUUUACCUGGAUGUCCUGGGUGAACCCUACCAUGAAGACCAGCUGGAUACUAGCAGCUUACCUAGAUGUCCUGGGUGAACCCUAACCCUAUCCCUAUGAAGACCAGCUGGAUACUAGCAGCUUUACCUGGAUGUCUGGGUGAACCCUAACCCUAUCAAUAUGAAGACCAGCAUGAAGACCAGCUGGAUACUAGCAGCCUUUACCUAGAUGUCCUGGGUGAACCCUAACCCUAUCCUAUGAAGAGCAGCUGGAUACUAGCGGCUUUUACCUGGAUGUCCUGGGUGAACCCUAACCCUAUCCCUAUGAAGACCAGCUGGAUACUAGCAGCUUUUACCUGGAUGUCCUGGGUGAACCCUAAACUCAGAGUGACACUGAUACUCUCUCUAAGGAUGACACAUUAAGCCACCCAGGGAUCCAGUGUCUCACACACACACACACACACACACAUUGCUGUGUGCCAGGACUAGAGAGGGCCGCUUCACUCCGGUGACCAGCCUGUGCCAUUCCUUUGUCUUCUGUGUGUCUGUGUGUGUCUGUGUGUGUCUGUGUGUGUCUGUGUGUACGAGGACUAAGAAGCAUGACUUUCAGGAAAUGUGGAUUGUGUUUUACUAUGGAUCCUAAUGAUGUAUUCAAACGUAUGUUUCCUGUAUUCGUGUGUUUAUACGUAUGUAUGUGUGUGUUGUGUGACGUGUUCUCUGUGCUUGGCAUGCCAGGAGACUGAGGAGUUGUUCUUCCGGGCGUUGUGUCUGUGCCACACGGUACAGGUGAAGGAGGAGGUGACAGUGGAUGGCAUCAAGAUGGGUAUCCAUCAGAACAAGGCCACCUCCUUCUACAUAUCAUCCUCACCUGAUGAGGUGGCUCUGGUGGAGGGCAUGAAGAGGUGAUUGGCAUGACACACACUCACACACUCAAUCACAUGUUUUACAUUUUAGUCAUUUAGCAGACGCUUUUAUCCAGAGCGACUUACAGUUAGUGAGUGCAUACAUUAUUUUAUUUUUUUCAUACUGGCCCCCCGUGGGAAUCGAACCCACAACCCUGGCGUUGCAAACGCCAUGCUCUACCAACUGAGCUACAUCCCUGCCAGCCAUUCCCUCCCCUACCCUGGACGACGCUGGGCCAAUUGUGCGCCGCCCCAUGGGUCUCCCGGUCUCGGCCGGCUACGACAGAGCCUGGAUCACCCAGUCACUCACUCACUCACACACUCACACACUCAAUCACCCAAUCACCGACUCACUCACUCACUCAUUCACUCACUCACUCAAUCACCCACUCACUCACACACUCAAUCACCCAAACACCCACUCACUCACUCAAUCAUUCACUCACACACUCACUCACUGACUCAUGCACACACACGCAACAGGCAGAAAGUCUUUCCUACUCCCAGGCAUUUCAAAUGAACUAGAUAGAUAGAUAAUAUACAGUGUAUUCGGAAAGUAUUCAGACCUCUUCCCUUUAUCCACAUUUUGUUAUGUUACAGCCUUAUUUUAAAACGGAUACAAUUUUAAAAAAUCCUCAUCAAUCUACACACAAUACCCCAUAAUGACAAAGCAAAAAGUCAUUUUUUUUGUGAUUGCAAAUUUAUAAAAAAAUAAAAAUAGAAAUACCUUAUUUACAUAAGUUUAAUCCAUUUUAGAAUAAGGCUGUAACAUAACAAAAUGUGGAAAAAGUCAAGGGUUCUGAAUACUUUCCGAAUGCACUGUAUAGCCAUACAUUUAGCUGCAGUUUAACCUGCUCCCCUGUUCUGACAGUAAUGGUACGUUCCUCUUUCCCCCAGGCUUGGCUUCACCUAUCUGCGGCUGAAGGACAGUCACAUGGAGAUUCUGAAUAGGGAGGAUGAGGUCGAGAGGUCAGUGUGUGUCCAUUACUCCAGCCAUGGCCUGUGGGCAUCAGUUUAUCUUACUGACUGUGGUGUGUGUGUGUGUGUGUGUGUGUGUGUGUGUGUGUGUGUGUGUGUGUGUGUGUGUGUGUGUGUGUGGUGUGUGCGUGGUCAGUAACCCAACCCCUCUCUCUCUCUCUUGCAUCCAGGUUUGAGCUGCUGGAGGUAUUGACCUUUGACUCAGUGAGGAGGAGAAUGAGUGUUAUCGUCAGGUCCACCACAGGUACUGUACUAUAGUACAAUUACUACCAUUAUAAUACUAGAACAUAGAAACUACAGGUACUGUACUAUAGUACAAUUACUACCAGUAUAAUACUAGAACAUAGAAACUACAGGUACUGUACUAUAGUACAAUUACUACCAGUAUAAUACUAGAACAUAGAAACUACAGGUACUGUACUAUAGUACAAUUACUACCAGUAUAAUACUAGAACAUAGAAACUACAGGUACUGUACUAUAGUACAAUUACUACCAGUAUAAUACUAGAACAUAGAAACUACAGGUACUGUACUAUAGUACAAUUACUACCAGUAUAAUACUAGAACAUAGAAACUACAGGUACUGUACUAUAGUACAAUUACUACCAGUAUAAUACUAGAACAUAGAAACUACAGGUACUGUACUAUAGUACAAUUACUACCAGUUAUAAUACUAGAACAUAGAAACUACAGGUACUGUACUAUAGUACAAUUACUACCAGUAUAAUACUAGAACAUAGAAACUACAGGUACUGUACUAUAGUACAAUUACUACCAUUAUAAUACUAGAACAUAGAAACUACAGGUACUGUACUAUAGUACAAUUACUACCAUUAUAAUACUAGAACAUAGAAACGACAGGUACUGUACUAUAGUACAAUUACUACCAUUAUAAUACUAGAACAUAGAAACUACAGGUACUGUACUAUAGUACAAUUACUACUAGUAUAAUACUACAACAUAGAAACUACAGGUACUGUACUAUAGUACAAUUACUACCAGUAUAAUACUACAACAUAGAAACUACAGGUACUGUACUAUAGUACAAUUACUACCAGUAUAAUACUACAACAUAGAAACUACAGGUACUGUACUAUAGUACAAUUACUACCAUUAUAAUACUAGAACAUAGAAACUACAGGUACUGUACUAUAGUACAAUUACUACCAGUAUAAUACUAGAACAUAGAAACUACAGGUACUGUACUAUAGUACAAUUACUACCAGUAUAAUACUAGAACAUACAGUGAGGGAAUUUUUUUGAGCAGUGUAUUUGAUCCCCUGCUGAUUUUGUACGUUUGCCCACUGACAAAGACAUGAUCAGUCUAUAAUUUUAAUGGUAGGUUCAUUUGAACAGUGAGAGACAGAAAAACAACAACCACAUCCAGAAAAACACAUGUCAAAAAUUUUAUAAAUUGAUUUGCAUUUUAAUGAGGGAAAUAAGUAUUUGACCCCUCUGCAAAACAUGAUGUUUCUUGUAGUUGGCCACCAGGUUUGCACACAUCUCAGGAGGGAUUUUGUUCCACUCCUCUUUGCAGAUCUUCUCCAAGUUAUUAAGGUUUCGAGGCUGACGUUUGGCAACUCGAACCUUCAGCUCCCUCCACAGAUUUUCUAUGGGAUUAAGGUCUGGAGACUGGCUGGGCCACUCCAGGACCUUAAUGUGCUUCUUCUUGAGCCACUCCUUUGUUGCCGUGGCCGUGUGUUUUGGGUCAUUGUCAUGCUGGAAUACCCAUCCACGACCCAUUUUCAAUGCCCUGGCUGAGGGAAGGAGGUUCUCACCCAAGAUUUGACAGUACAUGGCCCCGUCCAUCGUCCCUUUGAUGCGGUGAAGUUGUCCUGUCCCCUUAGAAUUGUCCUGUCCCCUCCAUGUUUGACGGUGGGGAUGGUGUUCUUGGGGUCAUAGACAGCAUUCCUCCUCCUCCAAACACGGCGAGUUGAGUUGAUGCCAAAGAGCUCGAUUUUGGUCUCAUCUGACCACAACACCUUCACCCAGUUCUCCUCUGAAUCAUUCAGAUGUUCAUGGGCAAACUACUUCAGACGGCCCUGUAUAUGUGCUUUCUUGAGCAGGGGGACCUUGCGGGCGCUGCAGGAUUUCAGUCCUUCACGGCAUAGUGUGUUACCAAUUGUUUUCUUGGUGACUAUGGUCCCAGCUGCCUUGAGAUCAUUGACAAGAUCCUCCUGUGUAGUUCUCGGCUGAUUCCUCACCGUUCUCAUGAUCAUUGCAACUCCACGAGGUGAGAUCUUGCAUGGAGCCCCAGGCAGAGGGAGAUUGACAGUUAUUUUGUGUUUCUUCCAUUUGCGAACAAUCACACCAACUGUUGUCACCUUCUCACCAAGCUGCUUGGCGAUGGUCUUGUAGCCCAUUCCAGCCUUGUGUAGGUCUACAAUCUUGUCCCUGACAUCCUUGGAGAGCUCUUUGGUCUUGGCCAUGGUGGAGAGUUUGGAAUCUGAUUGAUUGAUUGCUUCUGUGGACAGGUGUCUUUUAUACAGGUAACAAGCUGAGAUUAGGAGCACUCAGCUCGUUACCUGUAUAAAAGACACCUGGGAGCCAGAAAUCUUUCUGAUUGAGAGGGGGUCAAAUACUUAUUUCCCUCAUUAAAAUGCAAAUCAAUUUAUAACAUUUUUGACAUGCGUUUUUCUGGAUUUUGUUGUUGUUAUUCUGUCUCUCAAUGUUCAAAUAAACCUACCAUUAAAAUUAUAGACUGAUCAUUUCUUUGUCAAUGGGCAAACGUACAAAAUCAGCUGGGGAUCAAAUACUUUUUUCCCUCACUGUAGAAACUAGAGGUAUCUGUAUCUGAAUGGGAGUGGCUGGUGCUUUUUAUAGAGGAGUGCAGUCAUUACUACGGCAACCCGGUCAUUAUUCUGUAAGCCUGUAUGUGUGUCUGUGUGUGUCUGUACUGUAUGCUAAUAGAGAGGGUCGUAUGUGGGCGAUGGGGUCAACAGGCAGAUGGCAUACUAAUGACGGUAGAGUCAGUCUCACUGAUGAACAGUUCUAGUGUUGUCUGCCACAGACUGCUGCAACCUAAUGAUGCUUCUCUCUGCUAAUGAGGAACCUGUUUUAACUGUGUGUGGGUGGGUGUGUGGGUGUGUGUUGUGUGUCCACAGGGGAGUACUACCUGUUCUGUAAAGGGGCCGACUCAUCCAUCUUCCCCAGGGUGAUCUCUGGCAAGGUGGAGCAGGUCAAAGCCAGAGUGGAGCACAACGCUGUGGUAAGGACAGACACACACACACACACACACACACACACACACACAUACACCCACUGAAGCCAUUAUCAGACACUAGAGGCCGUUGUCCUAAAGUAUCUCCAAAAUCAGACUUUCAGAGUUUCUGACCUCAAAUGCAUUUUUGACUUUCAUGUUUGCUUUGUUUGAGGUGUAUAUUGUCAUAUGGCUGUAUGGUAGACCCUGCUAAAUGCUAACUGAUUAUUGUGUCCUUUUGAGUCCUGAUAGUGUCCUUACUUAAGAUGUUGGCCACCAAAAGUUCCAAGACAGUUGUAUAUGGAAUGUAACUGAGAAUUUGAUUGACUGUCAUUAUGGAGUGUUUGGUGCCAACGUGGAAGGGUAGUCUACUGAUCCCUGUGUAUCCAUGGCUCUGGCCCAAUCUCUCCAACGCUACACUGACAGAAUCAGGACAGGCUGGUUGCCAUAAUUCUGGAUGCAGUUUGGGUUGCCGUUGGCAGCGGCGCCGACCCGUUUCUUUUGACUGUCAUGGAGAAUGCGUUUCCCUGGUUACGUUACAAUGGGAUGGCCAGCGGUGAUGCUGGUGUGAACCAGACUGGCACUGAGAGAAUGUCAGAACUGACGUGUCAUUGUGUGUGUGUGUGUGUGUGUGUGUGUGUGCGCACAUCUGCGUGCACGUACGCAUGUUUGUGUGUGUGCGUGUGUUUGUUUAUGUGAAAGGUCAAGGUCAUAAGUCUACUGCCACAGACUAAACUGGUAUGGGAACUCUGCCCAGUGGGACAUCCUUCGAUGCCAGUCUGUGCAAACUGCAGCUUUUUGUAACCCACUGCUCUGUCAGUUAUGUCAUUGACUGUUUUUAGCUGGGAAAAAAGCAAACAGAACAGUGGAAUAAAAAUGUUUAUCGGAUUGGCAAUUGCAACAUCAAAGUGUCCAGUAAUCAUAUCAAAGCAUAACUUAUUUGCCUCUUAUAACAUAAUUAUCUCGCUCGCUCGCUCUCACUCUCUCUCUCUCUUCAGGAGGGCUUACGGACACUGUGCGUGGCGUACAGGAAGUUGAGCGUGGCUCAGUACGAGGAGACGUGUCACCUGCUGAACAGCGCCAAGCUGGCCCUGCAGGACCGAGACAGGAAGCUGGCCGAGGCCUAUGACAUCAUUGAGAAGGACUUCAUACUGCUGGGGGCCACCGCCGUGGAGGACAGGUAACGUUCUGGAACCACAGCGUAGAAUCACAGAAUCAUCACUGUCUAUUCUACCCAUUCUAUUUCUAUAUUCUGGGGUCCACUGCUGUAGAGGACAGGUACAGAUCUAGAAUCCCAGUGUAGAAUCACAGGAUCAUAGAAUCUGCAUAGUCUUUUACAUUUACAUUUUAGUCAUUUAGCAGACGCUCUUAUCCAGAGCGACUUACAUUAGCAAUUAGGGUUAAGUGCCUUGCUUAAGGGCACAUCGACAGAUUUUUCACCUAGUCGGCUCGGGGAUUAGAACCAGCGACCUUUCGGUUACUGGCACAACGCUCUUACCCACUAAGCUACCUGCCGCCCCUUUUCUACCCAAUUCUAUUUCUAUAUUCUGGGGUCCACUGCUGUAGAGGACAGGUACAGAUCUGGAAUCACAGUGUAGAAUCACAGGAUCAUAGAAUCUGCAUAGUCUUUUCUACCCAAUUCUAUUUCUAUAUUCUGGGGGCCACCGCUGUUGAGGACAGGUACCGAUCUAGAAUCACAACGUAGAAUCAGAACCACUAUCUUGUGGAUUUUAGAUCUAUUGUUUCUACUAAUUCUAUUUCUAUAUUCUGGACAGAAGAGAGUUAUAUUACAGGCAACUCUUUUUAGAGCUAACAAUGUAUGGGGCUAGAGAGACAGGGAGUAGAGUAGUGACAGUAGAGUAUUCAACUGAAACUCAACCCCACUCUCCAAGCCCUAGUUUGCCUAGUUAAUUAAUGACAAUAGGACUCACUGACCCGGUCUAGGACGUUAGCUAUUGAACUAAUCACAUUGUUGAGCAAAGGCUGAGCAUUCCUGUAGUGAUGUUGGCUAUUGAACUAAUCACAUUGUUGAGCAAAGCGCUGAGCAUUCCUGUAGUGAUGUUGGCUAUUGAACUAAUCACAUUGUUGAGCAAAAGCGCUGAGCAUUCCUGUAGUGAUGUUGGCUAUUGAACUAAUCACAUUGUUGAGCAAUAGGGCUGAGCAUUCCUGUAGUGAUGUUGGCUAUUGAACUAAUCACAUUGUUGAGCAAUAGCGCUGAGCAUUCCUGUAGUGAUGUUGGCUAUUGAACUAAUCACAUUGUUGAGCAAUAGGGCUGAGCAUUCCUGUAGUGAUGGCACUUGUUCUUUCCCAAAGCAGCCUGUAAACCAGUAAUAUUAGUUAGCUGCAGGACUGCAGUCUCUCAGACUAACAUUAACCUCAACAGGAACAGUAGCGGCAGUAGUCAGUCAGUCAAUAUGUUGUGUCUGUCAGGCUCCAGUGCAGCCAGCUAAUGAGCAGAUAACCACAUUAGAGUUCCACUGUUAUUGAUCUCUGCCAGACAUCCAUAGCAGCUGAUGAAGUGGGGUCUCUUACUGCCGUUCUGUCUGUCUGUCAGCACAGACGUCAUGCUAAAACAUCAGCGGUUUUACUCUGGUAUCAGGUCUGCUUCUGCCCCAUUAAAGAGAGUCAGUCACAGCCCAUCACUGUUCCUUUCUCUCACUCACUUCUCUAUCUGUCUAUCUGUGUGCUAGUGUGUGUGAGUUAGUGUGAGUUAGUGUGUGUGUGUGUGUGUGAGUGUGCUAGUGUGUGUGCUAGUGUGUGUGUGUCAUGUUUUCCUCUAUCUUUGUGUGUGCAUGUUGAUGCGUGCACGUGUGUGUGCAUGUGUGUAUGCGUCUUUCUGUCUGUCUGUCCCUCUGUCCGUCUGUCCGUCCGUCCGUCCGUCUGUGUGUUUGUCUGUGACUCCUGGGCUGUGGUAGUAAUUCGCUGGUUGGCAGGCAGCAGGCUGCACUGUAGGGAGCUGUGAAUCCUAACUGCACUGCGGCUUCAUUAUGGACUUCACUGUUCUGUGACGUUGGACUGCUGCUGCAACAAUCCAACUCCCCAAACCCACUCCAGGUCAACACAGCACUCCAAAGCCAAUUUACUGUACCAGUGGAGGAUGCUGAGGGGAGGACUGCUCAUAAUAUUGGCUGGAACGGAGCCAAUGGAAUGGCAUCAAAUACAUGGAAACCAUGUGUUUGGUGUAUUUGAUACCAUUCCACUGAUUCCACUCCAGCCAUUACCACGAGCCCGUCCUCCCCAAUUAAGGUGCCACCAGCCUCCUGUAUACUGUACUUAACUACAUUUAGAUAGUGAGUGAAACUUUGACAGUGUAAAACAGCACUACCGUUGUCAAAAUGUAGUGUAUCUUACUGGAGAUAGUUGUUGUAGCACUUUUAUUAUAAACUGUUUGUGCAUCUUGUGUCUGCACCAUUCCAUUCCAUUCUAAUCUAAACCUGAACAAAUCAUAUCUGCUUUGUAUGGAUGUGGUAGAAUUAGAGAUUUAGAAUGCAGCGUUUGGUCUGAUGACCAUGUACAGUGUGGUCCUCUGUAGCUCAGCUGGUAGAGCACGGCGCUUGUAACGCUAAGGUAGUGGGUUCGAUCCCCGGGACCACCCAUACACAAAAAAAAAAAUGUAUGCACGCAUGGGUUCGAUCCCCGGGACCACCCAUACACAAAAAAUGUAUGCACGCAUGACUGUAAGUCGCUUUGGAUAAAAAGCGUCUGCUAAAUGGCAUAUUAUUAUUUAUAUUAUUAUGACUGUAAGUCGCUUUGGAUAAAAGCGUCUGCUAAAUGGCAUAUUUAUUUAUUUAUUUAUUUUACAGUGUUGCUCCAUUGACUGCAGAUGACCAUGUACAGCGUUGCUCCAUUGACUGCUGAUGACCAUGUACAGCGUUGCUGCAUUGACUGCUGAUGACCAUGUACAGUGUUGCUGCAUUGACUGCUGAUGACCAUGUACAGCGUUGCUCCAUUGACUGCUGAUGACUUUAUAUUGCCUGUUCUCCAGGCUCCAGGACAAGGCAGCAGACACCAUCGAGUCUCUCCAGAAGGCUGGGAUGAAGGUGUGGGUCCUGACCGGGGAUAAGAUGGAGACAGCGGCGGCUACUUGUUACGCUAGCAAGCUGUUCCGCCGGUCCACACAGAUACUGGAGCUGACCACCAAACGCACCGAGGAGCAGAGUCUACAUGACGCUCUGUUUGACCUGAGAAAAACUGUACUCAGACAGCAUGGUAGCAUGACCAGAGACACCUUCUCAGGGUGGGUGCCGGGAACCCAACACACAUACACACGUGCACCUGGAUGUAUUUAACUAUACUUGUGGGGACCAGAAAUUCCUCACAAGAAUAGUAAACUUACAGAACUUUUACUAAAUGGGGACAUUUUGUUAGUCUAGGGGGUUUAGGGUUAAGGUAGAAUUAGGGUUAGAAUUAGGUUUAGGGGUAGGGUUAGGUUUAGGGUUAAGGUUAGGGUUUGGGGUUAAGGUAGAAUUAGGGUUAGAAUUAGGUUUAGAGUUAGGGUUAGGUUUAAGGAUUAGGGAAAAUAGGAUUUUGAAUGGUUAUAAAUGGUGUGUCCCCACAAGGUUAGUUAAAGACUGUGUGUAUUAGCAUGUGUGUCUCUGUGUGUGUGUCCCCAGUCUGUCUGCUGACUGUGUGGACUACGGUCUGAUCAUCGAUGGGGCCACCCUGUCUGCGGUGCUGAAGCCCAGUCAGGAGGACUCCAGUCAGGGGAACUACAAGGAGAUCUUCCUGGAGAUCUGUAGGAACUGCAGUGCUGUGCUCUGCUGCCGGAUGGCGCCCCUCCAGAAAGCACAGGUAGCCUAACAGGCCUUGUUAUUUCAAACGACACGUUUCCACACCUGUUUCCGACCAACAUGACUUUCGAGUCAUGUGAUCCGUCAUGGCUAGGUUAACUGAAGGAUGCACUGACACAGUCUGAUGGAGUGUUGAGCUGGUUGAUGUUUUACCUCUCUUCUGGACUCCACUACCUCCCUCCCUCCCUCCCCCCGCCUCUGGUCUCUGGUCACCAAUUAGUGCCACUCCAGACUAUUGCCCCUCUCUCCCUCUCUCUAUCCGUCUCUCCACUUCGCUAUUUCUCUCCGACCCAGUAUCUUUUUGUCUCUCUCUCCCUCUCUUCUCUCGCUCUUUCUCUCACAUUAGACCCCACCUGUCAUAGGAUACAUUUUUGGGGACUGAGGAGUUACAGUAUAUUAUAUUGAGCAUAUGUCUGACAUGACUGUUACUAUCUCUUACUGAGGAGUUCUAUUGAGCUCUGUCUGACAUGACUGUUACUAUCUCUUACUGAGGAGUUCUAUUGAGCUCUGUCUGACAUGACUGUUACUAUCUCUUACUGAGGAGUUCUAUUGAGCUCUGUCUGACAUGACUGUUACUAUCUCUUACUGAGGAGUUCUAUUGAGCUCUGUCUGACAUGACUGUUACUAUCUCUUACUGAGGAGUUCUAUUGAGCUCUGUCUGACAUGACUGUUACUAUCUCUUACUGAGGAGUUCUAUUGAGCUCUGUCUGACAUGACUGUUACUAUCUCUUACUGAGGAGUUCUAUUGAGCUCUGUCUGACAUGACUGUUACUAUCUCUUACUGAGGAGUUCUAUUGAGCUCUGUUCGCAUGACUGUUACUAUCUCUUACUGAGGAGUUCUAUUGAGCUCUGUCUGACAUGACUGUUACUAUCUCUUACUGAGGAGUUCUAUUGAGCUCGUGUCUGGACAUGACUGUUACUAUCUCUUACUGAGGAGUUCUAUUGAGCUCUGUCUGACAUGACUGUUACUAUCUCGUACUGAGGAGGUUCUAUUGAGCUCUGUCUGCAUGACUGUUACGAUCUCUUACUGAGGAGUUCUAUUGAGCUCUGUCUGACAUGACUGUUACUAUCUCUUACUGAGGAGUUCUAUUGAGCUCUGUCUGACAUGACUGUUACUAUCUCUUACUGAGGAGUUCUAUUGAGCUCUGUCUGACAUGACUGUUACUAUCUCUUACUGAGGAGUUCUAUUGAGCUCUGUCUGACAUGACUGCUACUAUCUCUUACUGAGGAGUUCUAUUGAGCUCUGUCUGACAUGACUGUUACUAUCUCUUACUGAGGAGUUCUAUUGAGCUCUGUCUGACAUGACUGUCACUAUCUCUUACUGCACAAUACCACUCUUCCCUCUAGUUCUCCUCCGCUGUGCUAGGAGGGAGAGGGAUAUGGGCUGUGAUGUAAUAUGGCGUGACCUUCACCCAGGAAGUCUUACUACUAUAUGUAUCCUCUCUGUCACGUUAAUACACAAGAGUGGUUAGGUUCAUAUAACAACGUCUGUGGGUUUGGCUCUAACUCUCUUUACAAAGAUUGUUUUAAACAAAGACAUAUCUUCUUGAUGAAUUAUACAGAUUUAAAAACUGUUAUCUCGCUGAUCCUGAAAUGUUGUGUUGCCAGAUUGUGAAGCUGAUCAAAGCGUCUCCAGAACACCCCAUCACGCUAGCCAUUGGAGACGGAGCUAAUGAUGUUAGCAUGAUCCUGGAGGCUCACGUGGGCAUCGGUUAGUAUUACCCUGUUCACUGUAAAUGGACCUCUCUUCAAUAAAGUUAAUUGAAUUCGAAUACGAUUUAGAUUGCCUAGGCUUUUGGUUGAUUUUAUAUAUAUAUUUGAAUAUAGUUUUGAUAUUUUUUUAUUCAUGUAUAUGACUCACCUAACAAAUGGUAAAAGCGCUCAGUCCUGUCCUCCCCCAAGGCAUCAUGGGUAAAGAGGGUCGCCAGGCGGCGCGGAACAGUGACUACGCCAUCCCAAAGUUCAAACACCUGAAGAAGAUGCUGCUGGUUCACGGACAUUACUACUACAUCCGCAUCUCAGAGCUCGUCCAGUACUUCUUCUACAAAGUGAGUGUUUUCUCAGUAAAUGUAACAUGCUAUGGGGAAUACACAGGCUACUGAUGAUUAAGCAUUAAAACGUUGUUAUUUUCUUUUUCCUCAGAACGUCGCCUUCAUCUUCCCUCAGUUCCUCUACCAGUUCUUCUGUGGCUUCUCCCAACAGGUACAUAAAAGAUGUGCCCAAAAUUCUAGUACUUUAAACUAUGACUUUGUGGAGAAGUUGUCAUUGUUUUUCUCUGGUUAAGAAUGCAUGAUAAAUUACUAAGAUAUAAAUAUAGUUUUAAAUGACUGAUCUUGGCUGUUCUCUCCAUCCUGUCUCCCUCCAGCCGCUGUAUGACACAGCCUAUCUGACGCUGUACAACAUCAGCUUCACCUCUCUGCCCAUCCUGCUCUUCAGCCUCAUCGAGCAGCACAUCAACAUGGACAUCCUCAAGAAAGACCCCUCCCUCUACAGGUAGGUGUUACCCACAAACUGCAUGUCCCAGGAUGCAAUAGUGGGAUGUGAUACAUCUCCGUAGGGUUCAGAGAGAGAGAGAGACUCUCAGAUCAUCUCACAUUGGGAAUGUUCCUCAGUUGAUCUCUUCCACAGCGUUUUCUCAGAACAUACUGAGGUAGAUUCUUGGAAAAUCCUAUCAGCUCUUGGCAAACUGCGACUUUGUCUCUCUCCCCAUAUGAACGCUGUUACUAAACAACAGCCGAAUCCGCAUUCUCAAGAUGUUAUAAGACGUUACAAGAUGCUAUAAUAGAAUCACGUAGACUCACUUGUUUGUGAAUCCAUAUAUAUAAAGCUCACAUUGCUCAGUGGUGUUGCCGGUACAUGUUUUUGUUUGCUUUUCCUCUCUCUGCCUGGUGACAAUCAAUACUCAAUUUUCCUGCUAGCUACCUGUGGGUAAUUGUGUGGAAAACUUAGACUUUAACAACGCAGCAGGCAGAAAGGCAUGUCACUGGCGUCAGGUCAUUCCUCCAUGCCUAGAUUUGUCAGCUAACUGUUAAAUCAAUGCUGCCUUGCUCACGGUUGUGGUGGAGGAAUGCUGUUUUAGCUCGAGAGAGUAAUAGAAAGUGUGAUUGAUGUUAGCUUGGAAUUCUUCUGGUUAAAGGGACAAUUCACCCCAAAAUCUAAAUGUGUCAGACAUUAGUAUGAAUUGAAAGAAAUCUACAGAUGAAUGGAAAAACAUAGAACCAUCUAAUUCAAUCCCCAAAUACAUAGUAUAUAGACUAAUGUAAUGCAAGCAGUAUGCUCAGGUGUCUGGUCAUCAGAUAACAUGGAUCUCUUGUGUGUCCUCUCUAUAGGGACUAGAACUCCCUAUAUUACUGUAGUAAUGUUUCCUCUCUACAUAGCUAAGAACUCCUCCUAUAUUUACUGUAUAUAUGUGUACUGUAAUGUUCCUCUCUAUAGGGACAUGCUAAGAACUCCCUCCUAUAUUACUGAUAUAAUGUGUACUGUAAUGUAUAAACUGUGUCUUUCUGCUCCUCUCUAUAGGGACAUAGCUAAGAACUCCCUCCUAAUUACUGUAUAUAAUGUGUACUGUAAUGUUUCCUCUCUAUAGGGACAUAGCUAAGAACUCCCUCCUAUAUUACUGAUAGAAUGUGUCUGUAAUGUUUCUCUCUAUAGGGACAUAGCUAAGAACUCCCUCCUAUAUUUACUUGUAUAUAAUGUGUACUGUAAUGUGUCCUCUCUAUAGGGACAUAGCUAAGAACUCCCUCCUAUAUUUACUGUAUAUAAUGUGUACUGUAAUGUUUCCUCUCUAUAGGGACAUAGCUAAGAACUCCCUCCUAUAUUUACUGUAUAAUGUGUACUGUAAUGUUUCCUCUCUUAGGAUGCAAGGGUACGUAUGCCUAAGACUCCCGACUCUCCUAUAUUUACUGUACAUAAUGUGUACUGUAAUGUUUCCUCAUAGGGACAUAGCUAAGAACUCCCUCCUAUAUUUACUGUAUAUAAUGUGUACUGUAAUGUUUCCUCUAUAGGGACAUAGCUAAGAACUCCCUCCUAUAUUUACUGUAUAUAAUGUGUACUGUAAUGUUUCCUCUAUAGGGACAUAGCUAAGACUCCCUCCUAUAUUUACUGUAUAUAAUGUGUACUGUAAUGUUCUUCUCCUAUAGGACAUAGCUAAGAACUCCCUCCUAUAUUUACUGUAUAUAAUGUGUACUGUAAUGUGUCCUCUCUAUAGGGACAUAGCUAAGAACUCUCUCCUAUAUUUACUGUAUAUAAUGUGUACUGUAAUGUUUCUUCUCUAUAGGGACAUAGCUAAGAACUCCCUCCUAUAUUUACUGUAUAUAAUGUGUACUGUAAUGUGUCCUCUCUAUAGGGACAUAGCUAAGAACUCCCUCCUAUAUUUACUGUAUAUAAUGUGUACUGUAAUGUGUCCUCUCUAUAGGGACAUAGCUAAGAACUCCCUCCUAUAUUUACUGUACAUAAUGUGUACUGUAAUGUUUCUCCUAUAUGGGACAUAGCUAAGAACUCCCUCCUAUAUUUACUGUAUAUAAUGUGUACUGUAAUGUGUCCUCUCUAUAGGGACAUAGCUAAGAACUCCCUCCUAUAUUUACUGUACAUAAUGUGUACUGUAAUGUUUCUUCUCUAUAGGGACAUAGCUAAGAACUCCCUCCUAUAUUUACUGUAUAUAAUGUGUACUGUAAUGUUUCCUCUCUAUAGGGACAUAGCUAAGAACUCCCUCCUAUAUUUACUGUAUAUAAUGUGUACUGUAAUGUGUCCUCUCUAUAGGGACAUAGCUAAGAACUCUCUCCUAUAUUUACUGUAUAUAAUGUGUACUGUAAUGUUCCUCUCUAUAGGGACAUAGCUAAGAACUCCCUCCUAUAUUUACUGUAUAUAAUGUGUACUGUAAUGUUUCCUCUCUAUAGGGACAUAGCUAAGAACUCCCUCCUAUAUUUACUGUAUAUAAUGUGUACUGUAAUGUGUCCUCUCUAUAGGGACAUAGCUAAGAACUCUCUCCUGCGUUGGCCCAUCUUCAUCUACUGGACCUUCCUGGGGGUGUUCGACGCCGUCGUCUUCUUCUUUGGUGCUUACUUCCUGUUCAACAACAGCACCUUCACCAGCAACGGACAGGUAAAGACACCGUCGCCGUGGCUACCUGUAGUGCUGCGUUAAAGAGUAUAUGUUGGUGUGAAGUAUAUAGUGAUCGUCUGUUCAUACUGCACUUCUCCAAGCCUAUGUCAAGUGUUUCUUUUACUGCCAUGAAGGAGUGUCCGGUGAUGUGGAGUGGAUGAUUGUCACUGUGGGUUAUGAGUGAGUUCACUGGUCACACACAGGUUGGAUCGAUGUUGUUUCCAUGUUUUGUCAACGUGGAAAACGUAAUUGUCAUCAAUGUACAUACUUUUCAUCUAGUUUUGACCCAGCUUUUACCGACAAUUCAACAUGGACCUUUGAGUUCAUUUGACAUUGAAUUCAUGUUAGUGAACAACAUUCUAAAACUUCAGUCAGAACAGCUGACGUCUGUGGCCAGUGGAAAGUGUGGUGAUUUUAGGUAAAUGGGUGACAUAAGAUCUCCUGGCCUGCAGAUUCACCUGUGAUCCUUUGCAUAACAGCAUGACCGGCUCUCCCAUUCAUAUCUACGAAAGGAGAGCAUGUUGAGUCUGCAGACAUCUUUCUCUGUGCCGUUUAUCGUUUUUUAUUUCUUAAUUUAUGUUACUUUAACCUUUUGGAUUGCUUUGAUUUGCCUGUUUUUGCUUUAUUUCCUUUGAACAUCAGAUUUUUUAGUUUUAGUUUUCCGGCCUCCAGUUCUUUCUUUUAUUUUCUUCUUCUUCCUCCUCCUCUUCUUCCUCCUCUUACCUUUAUGUUGCUUGUUCUUUAUGCUUCUCUUCCUCUCCUCAGCUAAUGACAACCAACACACAGAUGGUAAGCCUGUCCCUAUCUGUCUGUCACCCUGCUUUAGUUUUAGUUGGACUGUUUCCCCGCCCCCCUCCUCCUCCACUGCCCGUCGCAUUGCGUAACCAAACCGCCCGUCAUCACAUCAUCCAGCAGGUAUCCCCUCAUAUCCAACCCCUACUGCCUGCUAUAGGCCAAUGAGCUGUAGGUAUAUCAGUGUAGUAGUAGUAAACCCAUCCUCCAACCCCACUCAUGUCUCCUUGUCUCAUUGUGUAGUUGCCGUAGUCCAGACUUCGUCAUGUUGUUUGUGUGUCCAGUACAACAGUGGUUUCUGCUAGUACACAUCUACCAUGGAUGGUGGUAGAGAACCGCUCAUAUAGAGUCUUUAGGUCAGGGUUUUGUUUCCGCCCAACAUUAACACAGAGCUGGGCUGGAACAAAAGCCUGCACAUGCUGCGACCCUCCAGGACCAGGAUUGGCUACCCCUGCUCUAAGAUGUCAUCUCCUGUCAGACUGCAAGGCAAAAGACUGUGAGACGGUCAGGCAGCAGUACAUUAGAGCUUAGGGUUAACACAGUUCCAACCAUACACUAUAGACUAGAGUAUGUGACAAAGGAAAUGAAUGGCCAAGGUACAGUUGAAGUCGGAAGUUUACAUACACUUAGGUUGGAGUCAUUAAAACUCGUUUUUCAACCACUCCACAAAUGUAUUGUUAACAAACUAUAGUUUUGGCAAGUCGGUUAGGACAUCUACUUUGUGCAUGACACAAGUAAUUUUUCCAACAAUUGUUUACAGACAGAUUAUUUCACUUAUAAUUAACUGUAUCACAAUUCCAGUGGGUCAGAAGUUUACAUUGACGUUGACUGUGCCUUUAAACAGCUUGGAAAAUUCCAGAAAAUGAUGUCAUGGCUUUAGAAGCUUCUGCUAGGCUAAUUAACAUCAUUUGAGUCAAUUGGAGGUGUACCUGUGGAUGUAUUUCAAGGCCUACCGUCAAACUCAGUGCCUCUUUGCUUGACAUCAUGGGAAAAUCAAAAGAAAUCAGCCAAGACUUCAGAAAAAAAUGUGUAGACCUCCACAAGUCUGGUUCAUCCUUCGGAGCAAUUUCCAAACGCCUGAAGGUACCACGUUCAUCUGUACAAACAAUAGUACGCAAGUAUAAACACCAUGGGACCACGCAGCCGUCAUAACGCUCAGGAAGGAGACGUGUUCUGUCUCCUAGAGAUGAACGUACUUUGGUGCGAAAAGUGAAAAUCAAUCCCAGAACAACAGCAAAGGACCUUGUGAAGAUGCUGGAGAAAACAGGUCCAAAAGUAUCUAUAUCCACAGUAAAACGAGUCCUAUAUUGACAUAACCUGAAAGGCCGCUCGGCAAGGAAGAAGCCACUGCUCCAAAACCGCCAUAAAAAAGCCAGACUACAGUUUGCAACUGCACAUGGGGACAAAGAUCGUACUUUUUGGAGAAAUGUCCUCUGGUCUGAUGAAACAAAAAUAGAACUGUUUGGCCAUAAUGACCAUCGUUAUGUUUGGAGGAAAAAGGGGGACGCUUGCAAGCCGAAGAACACCAUCCCAACUGCGAAGCACGGGGGUGGCAGCAUCAUGCUGUGGGGGUGCUUUGCUGCAGGAGAGACUGGUGCACUUCACAAAAUAGAUGGCAUCAUGAGGAAGGAAAAUUAUGUGGAUAUAUUGAAGCAACAUCUCAAGACAUCAGUCAGGAAGUUAAAGCUUGGUCGCAAAUGGGUCUUCCAAAUGGACAAUGACCCCAAGCAUACUUCCAAAGUUGUGGCAAAAUGGCUUAAGGACAACAAAGUCAAGGUAUUGGAGUGGCCAUCACAAAGCCCUGACCUCAAUCCUAUAGAAAAUGUGUGGGCAGAACUGAAAAAGCGUGUGCGAGCAAGGAGGCCUACAAACCAGACUCAGUUACACCAGCUCUGUCAGGAGGAAUGGGCCAAAAUUCACCCAACUUAUUGUGGGAAGCUUGUGGAAGGCUACCCAAAACGUUUGACCCAAGUUAAACAAUUUAAAGGCAAUGCUACCAAAUACUAAUUGAGUGUAUGUAAACUUCUGACCCACUGGGAAUGAGAUGAAAGAAAUAAAAGCUGAAAUAAAUAAUUAUCUCUACUAUUAUUCUGACAUUUCACAUUCUUAAAAUAAAGUGGUGAUCCUAACUGACCUAAGACAGGGAAUCUUUACUAGGAUUAAAUGUCAGGAAUUGUGAAAAACUGAGUUUAAAUGUAUUUGGCUAAGGUGUAUGUAAACUUCCGACUUCAACUGUACAUUUGACGAAUAUUGUUGUAUAGGACAUGUCAGGUUGGAUAUUUCAUAGUUAUGCAAUUUGAAACAAAAUGACCGUCUGUGGAGCUGACUUGACUUCUAUCUCUAACUUAUUGUCUUGGUGGUAUAUUUGGCAGAAAAAUAAAAUAAAGAAAACAGAAAAAGAGGAAGUUAAAACAACGCAGACAGAAGGAGUCUGUUUUCAACGUUCUCUUCAAUCAGUGAAUUUAAUUUGCCCGUGCAGUAGUUUUAAAGACACGGCUCAUUUUGACACCGUUAAAGAGAUGGUUCACCCUCAAAGUCAAAGUUUGCCAGGUGUAUUCAUACAAUGGGGUGAAUUGUCCCUUUAAGCACCCUUGAGGAAAGCAGGUGGGUUAAUGUAUUGGCUGGUAUCUUCAUGUUGUUGACCCUCAUCACCGUUGGUUUGGGUAUUAGCAUUCCAUCAACAUCACAAGCUAUUUGAACUCACAGAACAUGUUUUAUUUUUUACAAUAUUUUUUUAUAGACACAUUUAGGUAAUUUCAGGUUAUUCUGUACUUUAAAUACAGAAUUGUUUUAAUAAAAGCAGCUUGAAAAUAGUUUAAUAUCCAUUUUCCAUCUCUGCACUGGUUUCACUUCAUAUAACUGUAUGAAAAAAACAUCUGUGGAAAAUACAACUAAACUGUGUGAUUUUGUAUUGAUUAAUCCUGGAUAAUUGCUCACUUUUAAAAGCUAAACACGGCCACUAAAAUAUGUAGUAAUGCAAAGGAAAUGAGUUAGUCCAGGCUGACUGUAAUUACAGUAGCAUACUGUCCUCCUCUGAAAUGGCUGUAGGUCUAAUAGUAUGUGUGAUUUCUCUCUGUAAUACCUUCCUCUCCACAGAUGUUUGGUAACUGGACGUUUGGGACUCUGGUCUUCACUGUGCUGGUGUUCACAGUCACGUUAAAGGUACAGUAACAUCCUACCCAUCACCCCCUCUAAGGCACUACUUUAUGCUAAAUGUUAAAGGGACUCGUUAUUAGAGUGAAUUCUACUGCUUUGAUAUAAAUACCAGUUGAUGGUCUCUCUCUCUCUCUCUCUCUCUCUCUCUCUCUCUCUCUCUCUCUGUCUCUGUCUCUGUCUCUGUCCUCUGUCUCUGUCUCUGUCUCUGUCUCUCUCUCUCUCUCUGUCUCUGUCUCUGUCUCUGUCUCUCUCUGUCUCUCCAUCUCACAGCUGGCCCUUGACACACACUACUGGACGUGGAUCAACCACUUUGUCAUCUGGGGCUCUCUGCUUUUCUUCGUCAUCUUCUCUCUGCUAUGGGGAGGCAUCAUUUGGUCUGUAUUAGUCUGUUCUAUUGUUUUCUAUUCUCCAAGCUACCAUCGUUUUUGCAUAUGUUAUGAACAUAGAUAUAGGCAAAAUAGAUCCUGUCCUCUCUAUGUCCCUACCAGAGGUUGUGCUAUGUGUUUAUGCAGAAGUUAUAGAUGUAUAAUACAUAGAUCCUCUCUCCUCUCCCCAGGCCCUUCCUGAACUACCAGAGGAUGUACUAUGUGUUUAUUCAGAUGUUGUCCAGCGGUCCGGCCUGGCUCAGCAUCAUCCUGCUCAUCGUCACCAGUUUGCUGCCUGACGUGGUCAAGAAGGUCGUCUGCAGGGCCCUGUGGCCCACCACCACAGAACGCAUCCAGGUGGGCGAGCGCACACACACACACAUUAUGCACAGAAGUGCACACGCACACACACCACACACACACACACAUUAUGAACAGACGCAUGCACAGACGUGCACACAUGCUUACAUUUGCACACAGACACACACACUUGGUUAUAUGUUUAAAAUCAGAGGAUUAAAUGUGCAUUCUGUAUAUACAGUAUAUCAUAUAUAUGUGUCACUGUGACUUUAGCUGUAUGCUGCCUGUGGAUAUAUUCCAGGUGUUCUUGAAGUAAGUGAGCUGUUGCAUCAGUGUGCAGUGUUCACUUCUUCUUUUUAAAGAACUCAUCUGGAGGAGAAUCACUGUAUAACCUGUGUUAACUGUUCUGAAAGGCUGAGAGUCGUCUGUGUGUCUGGCAUGUCUCUCGCUACUGAAUGAACCAUUUGUCUCUACUGUGUGCAGUGAUUCCUCUGACCUCUGACCUUUCCCAACUGACCUCAGUUCACCUCACCAUGACCCGGAAGAGCUUCCAACACCCUCCUCUUUCCUCUUCCUGAAAUAGUGAUUGAUAGUGAACAUCAAGUGUUUUUUCAGAUAUAAAGUGUUCCUAUUAACCCCUCUCUCCUCUCCUCUGUCUUUGCCUGCCCUCUCUCCUGGCCUGUGUGACCUUUAACCUCUACCCUCUGACCCCUCUGACCUGGCUCUGUCUCCUUGGGAAUGGCAGACAAAGCGGCCAUGUCUUACCUCUGAGCAGUCCACCAUCUUCAUGCUCUCCCAGACUUCCAGCAGAAUCAGUUUCUAACCCAACCACCUGACUAUCACCUGACUGUCAGGUGACCCUCUCUCAACCUAUCCGCAUGCCCUCUCCUCCCUCUGUGUCUCUGCAUGGACAUGUAGUGCUGCAUGCUCACGGGGGCCUGUUGACUUGCAUGUCCAUGUCUGUGCCUUAAGUGUACCUUGAAAGAGCGUUGGUUAGAAUGCUAAUUCAUAAAUGCAGAAACAACGUAUCUGACAUUAAACAGAUUUUCGAAGCCCAUUCAAAAUGGCAAGUGUCGGUCUUGGUGUGUGUUUGUGCGGAUCUAUUUAUGUUGAGCGUGUGUGUGUGUGUGUGUGUGUGUGUGUGUUUAGAUCUGUGUGUGUUAAGCGUGUGUAUCUUGCUGUCCACAGUGGAUGAGGACUGAUAGAAACUUUGAUGGGGUUAUGACCUACAGCCGGGACUCCCUGCUAGAUGGGGUUGUUGCCCUGUCCACUUCAGAGGCCUAGCCUCACCACGGUAAAGACAGGCGGGACCGACUCUGAGUGCGGUGAAGAGUGGGGCGAAGGGCUGGGACCAAGGUUCACUGUGUGGGGUUUGCUGUGAGGCUGUGGGGGUUGGUUGGUCUUUGACUGUUGGACCUGCUUUGUUUUGUCUUCACAAGAACAGUGUGACUUUAUGGGAUGGAUACACACAUAUAAACAUACACAGAUUUUUACAGGUUGUCCUUCCGUCUGGGUUUCCUUAGAUGAACGGGUGCACUAACACAGGGUGUGUGUGCAUGUGUGUGUGUGUGUGUGUGUGUGUGUGUGUGUGUGUGUGUGUGUGUGUGUGUGUGUGUGUGUGUGUGUGUGUGUGUGUGUGUGUGUGUGUGUGUGUGUGUGUGUGUGUGUGUGUGUGACACACUGACAGGCUGUCCAGUCUCAGAUUAAGUUGAUUUAUUAUGCCAUCAGUCUAAGAGUUAUUCGUUACCCUAAUUAAACCUAAUUAAUGUAAUAUAUUUCCUGGUAAAGUUAUGACAACUAGUUGAACAUAUCAAAUAGGCGUCAUUCUCCUUUUGAAUGCUGAAUACGUUUAUCUUCAGUGCCAUAGCAAUUGUUUAGUGACAGCAGAACAAGUACUAUUUUAAAGUAGAGCACUUACCCCCUCCAGUGUCUACAAAAGGUACUGCAGCCUGUGUUUAAUAAUGAGCUCAAGAUAACACAAUGGGCAUCAGAUGAAAUGAGUAGGUGGCUCCCCUGUAGCGUAUUAAGUCUCUGGGCCAGACCUCUCCUUAAUUAAACAAUGUAGUGUGUCUGUUGAGACUGCGAGGCUAGACUCCUGUCCUGACCAGACGUAUUCUCCAUCUAUCCCAAAGUCCCAACUGAGUUAAUCAGAAGGCUCAUACUGCUAGAAUCUCCCUCCCCUGCUGCAUGCUUUGACCGACCGUUCACGUCUUCAGUUUGCUCAUGUUUUGCUCCUUGACAUAUUUUGCUAACAGGGUCUGGUGUGUUUGUGUUGAUGUGGUUUUGGGGUAGGGGGUUGUGGCGUGGUUUGUCGUCUUCUGGGUCCACCAUGUGGUCAAUCCUGGUUCUGGGGGACAGCAGGAAGUGCAGGCUUUUGUUCCUACCCUGCUUAGACUCACUGGAUUAAAUAAAAUAUGUUUUUUAAUUAAAGACCACGAUAAGUUGAAAUAGUUGAAUUGGUUGAAUCAGGUUAAUGCUGGGCUGGAACAAAACCCUGCACGCACCACACCCUCGAGGACCUGAAUUGGCUACCACUUACCUUGAUCCAGAUAAUAACUCCUAUAUUCUCUCUAUAUCUCCUCUCUCUCCUCCCAUCUCUCCAUCCCUCCCUUACAGAAUGCAGACAAGCUGUAUAACGGCCAGCUGUCGGAGUUCACCCCGCUGGCAUCUCUCCACGCGCCCACGCGCAGGAGGGCCGACCACCAAAACCCCAUUCCCAGAAGGUCUGAACCCUUCACCAAAAAACUCAUGUUCACCCACUGGAGGGGCGGGCCCAACUACUGCACUUUCACCCCCCUCCUCCGAUUCGCCGGCAACUCCCGUCACUCUGGGGGAGGCUACGCCCACAAUGGGGCAGGGCCUGAGACCUCGGUGUAGUCUAGAGUGGAGUUUAGUCUGAUUUAGACUGCAAGUCUAGACCAUCUCUUAAAGACUGCAAGUCUAGACCAAGAUUGCAGUGUAGAGCAAUUGACCACUGGAACAAUCUGUCCUCUAGACAAUAGAUACCUAAUCUAGAUGCUUACAGUUACCAAUGUCUUUGUGAAAAAGCAUACAAACACCAAAUACACACAGGAGGACGAUCCUAGGGCUGUGUUGUGUUAGCACAAGGAGCUGAGUGAACUAAACAGACUUGGCUCCAGACUAGCAGUGGCUGUGGAUUGGUGGAAAGGCCCUUGGCUCCACCCAAUGAUGUCUACUGUGGGUCCGACCCCUCAGACCCACCCUGCAGUGUGUGUGUGUGUGUGUGUGUGUGUGUGUGUGUGAGAGUACGUGUGUAUGCCACUCCCCCAUAUCUCCCUGUCAACUGUCUGUCAGUGAUGAUGUAAUUUCAAGUGUUUGUCAUAGAGUAUGUCACUCCCCCGUAUCUCCCUGUCAACUGUCUGUCAAUGAUGGUGUCAUUUAAAGUAUUUGUCAUAGAGUAUGUCACUCCCCCGUAUCUCCCUGUCAACUGUCAACUGUCUGUCAGUGAUGAUGUCAUUUCAAGUGUUUGUCAUAAAGCAGUGGUCCAAUGUGAAUGGAGGAUGUUCAGAGGCAUGUUUUAACUGACCACACCUUCCUGUCUUUGUUUUGUCUAUUCUCUUCCUCUCUUCCUGUCCUGCUUUUUAUAGAACAAACUGGUGUUGCCUCUGUGCAAAUCUCUUAUCCAGGAACACUCCAUAAGACACUAUAGUCUUUUCCGAUUCAGUUGUAAGUGGCUAGGCCGUGAUAGUGAUUUAUCUCUGCUGGACUAGACACAGUUCUGUGUGUGUGUGUGUGUGUGUGUGUGUGUGUGUGUGUGUGUGUGUGUGUGUGUGUGUGUGUGUGUGUGUGUGUGUGUGUGUGUGUGUGUGUGGUAUGCCGUGUCAUAGACUGUCCUUGUGUCUACUGUAGAGUGGUGUGAUUAAACCCCCAUUCCCCCUUGUAACCGUCCCAUUUCCUGACAUGGAAGCUAAGGCAUCCUGCCGCACCUAGUGCUAAGGAACUACAGUGGGAAACUAGUAUGCAUGGGAAUCCUUUUCCGCCUUAACAUCUACACAGUGUUUCCUUUGAAAUACACAGUAGUCUGGAACCAAAGCAUCAGAAAAUACCUUUUCAAUGGCUUGCCUUACUGGUUAUUGCCUUACACUGAGACUGGGUGGGACAGAGGAAGAUACAUUCUGCCUUACACCACACCAGGAUUGGUGGACUGUAUUAGAUAGAGAGAACCUACUGUGUUUCUGGGCUUUAACAUUGUCCAUGCAGAUAUCUGACAUCUCUCUCACUCAGACCUGAAGCCUUAAGGAGCAGUGGAUCUCUGUCACAGAAACGUGUAGAAUGUAGACGUUAUGUUUAGCUGCUUUGCUCUGUCCCUUGGCAUAAAGCAUAUAGAACAUACCCAUAGAAGUCUCACGAUGCGUGAGAGCCUUAUGAAGGUGUUAUAAGAGUGUUAUAAUUGUCUCACAAGAGUCUGGCAGGGGUCUUAGCAUCUCAUCUGUCACUGUGUGCUCUCUCUCUCCCUCAGAUAUUCUCUAAUGCUUCUAUGUUCCAUUUCCUCCUCUUUCUUCAUGUUUUUUUUUUUUUAACCUAUAACCUUUCUCCUCUCUUGUUCCUGUUGAAGUGAUGCUCGUGUGGAUCUGUCCUCUCGAGCCUCACUACACCUCCUCUCAUCCUCCGCUCAUCCUCUCAUCCAUUCAUCCAUUCACUCCUUCGUCUGGUCACGCAUCCCUCCAUCCGUCUCAUAAGAACACAGUCUGUGUGGUGGGUGUAAGGAGAGAGAGAACGAGGAAAGGGAGAUGGAGGGAGGGAGGGAGGGAGGGAGGACUGUACCAAAACCAAGGUUUUUCUAGACACAUUUAGCUGCUUGAUAGUAGAUGGCUUGUGGUCCUGUGGUGCAUUGUGGGAUCUGUUCAAACCGAGAGGAACAAAAGUAUAUGGAUGUCCCAUAUAUAGAUAAGGAUGUUGUUAUACACAUUGUAUUUGUGUGUGUCUGUGUAUGUGUGUAUUUGUGUAUGUGUGUGUGUGUGUGUGUGUGUGUGUGUGUGUGUGUGUGUGUGUGUGGUGUGUGUGUGUGUGUGUGUGUGUGUGUGUGUGCAGAUGUCUUUUUCAUUGAAAGCGGUAAUGAUAUUUAAGAUGGUCAUCUGUUAUUAGGUGGUAUUAUGAAUCUUCACUGAAAUGUAAAGAUACUGAAAUCUUCACAUUACGCCACAAUCUAGAACUAUAACACUGGACAUUGCUAUGACAACGUUUACAAAUAAUAAACGACUUAGUGAAUGUUUCAUGAAUGAAUUAUGACAAUGGAUGAAUAAAUUAUGAGUGACCGACUGUAAGGAAAUGGAUGACUACAAAAAUAGUGAGAACUAGUGUUUUUAUCAGCACUUCUGUGGUCAUCUGUUAAUUAGUUAGAGGAUGAAUGACACUGGUACUUAGGCAGUCGUUUAGGGUGUCUAAUGUUGAUUGACAUGGACUGUUUGCAUGCUCUGUCUCUGUCAUACCACUGGAUGUACUGAGUUUCUCAGUGGGUUUAUGAAUCGAACAAGCAUAACCUAUCUUUCUCUGACAGUUCAAAACUCUCCAAACUGAAAUAUGACGUCUCUCUUUUUAUUGCUCUGAUGUCUAGUCCAGUAAAAUACCUAUUCGAUAA